AUGGAAUCGACAAAGAUUCCGCCUUUUGCAUCGACUCCUGUGGCAAGCAUACCAGCUUCUGUCCGCGCGGCCAAGGCCACUUUCAAGUCUGGCAAGACAAAGAAUGUGGAAUACCGCCUUGUUCAACUUCGAAAGCUGUACUGGGGACUCAAAGACAGAACUGGUCAGCUUCGAGAGGCUCUCAAAUACAAUCUCAACCGCCCUCCCCACGACGCCCACGUUUCUGACAUUGACUGGAGCAUUUCGGACUGCAUGUUCGCCAUCCAGAACUUGGCGACGUGGAUACAGGACGACAAGAACAUUGACGUGUUCCUUCCCUGUUCGCUUCUUCGCCCGCGAAUCCGAAAAGAACCCCUGGGCACGGUUCUUAUUAUCGGAACAUACAACUUUCCGGUGCAGCUGAACAUUUGUCCCCUCAUUGGUGCGAUACCCGCCGGCUGCACCGCUGUUGUGAAACCUUCCGAGAACGCCCCGGCAACGGCCAUGGUUCUCAAGGGUAUCAUCGUGGACUACCUGGACACUGACUCUUACAAGGUCGUGAACGGUGCCGUGCCUGAGACCACUGCUCUCCUGGACCAGAAAUGGGACAAGAUUCUGUAUACUGGCGGGGUCAACGUUGCCAAGAUCAUCUCCAGGAAGGCUUCAGAGACGCUUACGCCCGUGUGCCUCGAGCUUGGCGGCAAGAAUCCAGCAUUUGUCACCAGCAAUGCAGACCUUCGUCUUGCUGCCCGAAGGCUCUUGUGGGGAAAGACGCUCAACGCCGGACAAGUCUGCGUGUCCCACAAUUACGUUUUCAUCGAGAGGGGACUAGUCAAGGACUUUGUCAAGUUUCUACGAGAAUCCUACGCCGAAUUCUUCCCCAAAGGCGCCAAGGAGAGCCCAGCCCAACACUUUGAUAGGAUGAAGAACAUGCUUGAUAGUACGCGGGGCCAGAAGGUUUUGGGGGGAGACACUGACCGCAAUGACCUUUACAUCGAGCCAACGGCCGUUCUUGUCGAUGAUCUUCAUGAUAUUAUGGUUCAGGAGGAAUCCUUUGGUCCGAUAUGGGCCAUCGUGCCAUACGAUAAUCUCGAGGAUGCGAUUGCUAUCGCAAAUGAGACCGAAUCAACGCCACUUGCACUGAUGACCUUCGGCAGUCCAUCGGAAAAUGAGAAAGGUAAGCAAUCGUGCCCAUACUAG